AUCUUACCGCGUCAACCCGUAUUCUUGUCGGUGGGGAAUUGAGUUUUGAGGUGCGUACGGCGUUACAGCCGUUACAAUACGGACAAACAAAAACUAUGUUUGUCUAUUUGUUUGUGUUUCUCCCUUGCGAUGGGAUUUCUGCGGGAUGAACGUUGAGAUUUAUAAGCGAAUGGCCGUGACAUCCUCACGAUGGAAUUGUCAACCUUGUGGUGUGACCCUGACCUCGACCCAGGUGUGCUGGAGAUCACCGCGGUGGAGGUGGGGGUGGUCGCGAUACGCGGAGUGGAGAGCGACUUCUUCCUCGCGAUGAACAAGAAGGGCCGAGUCUAUAGCACGAAGGACUUCGGUGACGACUGCCGCUUCUGGGAGCGCAUCGAGGAGAACGGCUACAACACGUACGCCUCCCACACGUGGCGACACGCGGAGGGAACCGCCCGGGGUGGGCCCGAGAGGGCCCGCAGCGCCGGCCGUGCUCAGCGCCCGAGGGCCCGCGGUGCCGGGAGACCCCGCGGGCCCCUCCAGGGUCGCCAGAUGUUCCUGGCCCUGAGCGGCAAGGGGGUACCCAGGAAGGGGACCAAGAGCAGACCCCAACACCCCUCGGCUCACUUCCUGCCCAUUCUCGUCUCCUGAUCGCCCAUGCCCUGUUACCCUCCCCACCCCUCCUCCCCCGCUCCGUCGUCAACUGCGCGGCAUGGCCAUGAGCAUUCGUGAUUUUCUUGCUUUGGAGAGUGGGGGAUUUGCACGCGCGUAUGAUCGACUUCUUCCGCGCCGUACGUAGCCACCCGUUGCUAAUCGGAGGGUGUGCGGGGCAAGGCCACCAAAGUCAGCAGAACAAGAAGCAGUUCUAAAGAAACGAGCCUCUCAAUCUAGACGGUGAUUUGGAGGUGCACAGCUCCAGUAGAUUCCUAGCAUCUGAAGGAAGGGCGUUCCAAACGGCCGCAGAAGCGCGUCUGUACGCUCGCGAUGCG